AUGUCCAUAAUUAAUUCAGACAAAUCCAACAAAUCCCAACGCAAAUACCCGAUACCGGCCGAUGCCAUCACAACAUUGCCCUAUCAUUACAACCAUAUUCACGACCUGAUAGACCCACUGUCCAGACAAUGGCUACAGGAGUCCAGUUUGUUUACGCCGGAGCAGUACAACCGGGUGGCCAACACCGGGCUCUACACCGAGUAUUUCUAUCCGUUUAUUACGGACGAAGAUCGGUACGAUGUGCUGAACCGGCAAAUGGUCAACUUUGCAAUCAUCGACGACCACUUGGAGACCCCGUACGGCGACAUCGACCGACAGGCCAUGAAGGCCAAGCCGGUGCUCGACCAAUUUUACCAUGUGUACGCUAAACUACUGGGUGGCCCAAACAGCGAACACAUAUCGGCACACAGUUGGAAACCGUACGUGUUGGCCACGGCGCCGGUGAGAAGAAUAUCGGUGGCAUUUAUGCCGAUAUACUACAUGUGCGAAUACGCGCACCUAAUGUUUGUACCCGAAGACGAGUGGCAUAACCCACGGAUGCAGCGGUUGUUCAAAUUGCUCUCCAAAGCGGGAGUAAUGUGUAACGACAUCUAUUCGUUCGAGAAGAAGGUGUUGGACGCCGGGGGGCUACCGGACGGCGCCUACAACGGGGUGUCGGUGUUGUGUCGUAUGCAUGACAUACCAGUGGCCGACGCUAUGCACCGAUUGGCUCAAAUGUGUCGCGAGUUAGAGCGCGAGGCGCAGGGGUUGGUCGCCGAAAUACAAAUGGCCGACUGGGCAUGCGCACAUAUGCGCGAUUUUGUCGCGCGCUUGUUAUGGAUUAAUGGCGGUAAUUGGAAAGUGUGCACAAUAUAUUAA